CUGCAAAUCGCCCAACAAAAACCGCCAAAACCAUGACAAAAAUAUUCAAAAAAUUUAUUUCCGACCUACCGACCCUAAUUUUUUCAAGAUAUGAAACCGGAACCACUGGUGUUUUUUUUACGCCUAAAGUAGGUUGUAUCAGGGUGCAUUGCCACUGAAACGGUUCAAAAAUGAAAACCCGGUGAUCACAUUCCCAUGUAUUUGUAGGAAAUGCUAAAAGAUGAAGUGCGAACACUUACAUACAGAAAUGCAAUGUAUCACAACAAGCAUCUAUUCCGAGGCAAAGUUGUUCUUGAUGUUGGAUGUGGAACUGGAAUACUCUCAAUGUUUGCUGUCAAAGCUGGUGCUAAACAUGUUUAUGGGGUAAGUCACUUUCACGUUCCGAAAUUUUAAAUUUACGUAAUCAAUUUCGAGUAAAGAUUUACUCACGUGUAUUUUGAGUCGCAGUGGGUACUGUACAUUGAGUCACAAUUUUCUGGGUUUUUUUUUCAGUUCAGACUUAUUAUGUGAACAGCGACAUUUCAUGAGCGAAAUGAAAUCAGAGUAUGUCCAUUAUAACCUUGAUUAUGUGUUUUACUGUAGGUUGACUUCUCGUCAAUUAUUGAACAUGCCCAAACCAUCAUUGAAUCCAACCAUUUGGAUAAGUGUAAGUAUAUCAUCAUUACACCUUUCUCUGAGAACAGAAUAAAUAGAUAAUUAAACUGAACGUGAAACCGGUGUUCAAAAUAACACACCGUCUAUACCAAUUGCUAUAGUUUGGUUAAUAACCAGCAUCUGGUUGCAUUUAAUCUCGUCUGUCUGUGUUUAAAUAGCCAGACGAUGUUAGAUGGAUAAAUAACCUACUUUAUAUUUUCUCACCUAACAGCAGGAAAUCCUAAACUAUACAUAGUAGGAUAAGAUAACCAAGACAUUUUACCAGGAAUAUUAAGUUAACCCAAAUAGGGAUAUAUUUUGCCUGGAAAAUUUUAACCAGAUUGUCUUUAAGAGUGUAUAGCUUCUUGUAAGUUAACGAAAAGUAACUUUAAUACAAAGCCAGUAAGGAAAAGCCAGUAACAGCUUGUUUAUGAAUUUGUAAAUGUUUUUAAAGAAACUUUCAUAUCUACAGUAGAUCAAUGGUUUCUAACUUGGAAGUUUUGGAAUAUAAGACAUGCAGAAAUACACUAAGAAAAAUGAUAUGUUAAUUUUUUGAACACACAGACCCUGGGAGUUUCUGCAUUUACUGUGCUCUGAAACACUCUGGUUAAGAUUUCCUGACAUGCUGAAAUACACGAAGCAAAGUGAUGCUGCAGGUUCAAUUUUGAUCCAGGUUCAGGGCUAAUCCAGCUUUAAACACACAGAAAGAGUUUCUGCAUUUAUUGCGCUCUAAAACCCCAUGACAUCCGAAUCACAACGAAACCUCUAUACACUCUAGAACAGUCAUUUCCUUCGGCUAAAGACAGACCGUCAGCCCAUCACCCACAGAUCAGACUAAUUAACGUUGUCUACAAGAUUAACUGUGCAGAUUGCUCAUGGAGCAUGUAUAGUAAUUAAAACCUAACAAAUUUUCCAUCCAUUAACUCAAAAUACGAUUAAAGCUUUUAAAUUUCGUGCGCAAGCCGGUUAUAGUUUGUUGCAAAUAAGGCACCAAAACAUGCAUGUCUGCAGACACCCUCCCUCGCCACGGUUUACACAAUUUGAGUUCGAGUAUUUUUUUUCAUUAUUCUACAUUAUGGGUAUUCAAGGAAUCUAUAUAUAACAAAAACUCAAUACCAAUUGAGAGCAUUUUCAAAUUUGUUCAAAUUUGUUUUUUUUAUACAUCCUGUAUAGGCGAAGGGAACACUAAAACACUCGUUCGAAUGCAGCCCUUGUAAUUAACUGUUUAUUGUAGCCUCGCCACUACGGUUUCCUGCUAUCACUAUCUUUUCAAAAUUGGAAAUUCUUGUUGAAUUUUUGAUAUCUUACAGAGUGAAUUAGAGACUGCGUUUUGUUAGCUUAGGCCGCGUUUACACUAUAACGCUACGGCUAACAUUCCGUUAAAAAUUUACUGCGUUUCUAGUGUUGAGACUACAGUAUAUUGUGUUUACAUUAUAACAGAGUGGCUUGUCGUAGCGUACUAACUACGGACCACUACAUUUCCCACUCUGAAUACAAAUUAAUUUCGUGAAAAAUUCACUACGUUUCUUAGUAUUGUGCAUGUUUACACUAUAACAAAGUGGUUUGCCGUACCGUAUUAACUACGGACCACUACGUUUGACACUCUGAAUACAAAUCACUAGGCUACGGUAAAUUUGCCUUAGCGUCAUAGUGUAAACGCAGCCUUAUUUGCAAUUCCCUAUUUCUCGCACUCCAAUCUGCGGUAUUACUGUAUAUAGGUUAUCGUAUGAAAGGCGGACCGAUAUCAGUUUUAUCGCCCUGAUAAAGGCACAUGCGUAUGUGAUAAAUUAUUUAUUUGCAUUAUGUGCAUGCAUAGAUCAAUGAAUUAAGGACUUGAAGCAACUCGGAAAUUAAACUGCCAAGCAAGCUGCUCCAUUUACAACCUCCUACCCCUGGCUAGUCGCGAAUUGAAGGCGGCGACGUAGCCCUGGUAAACGCUGGUCACGUGUCAGGCAAAUACUCCAAGAUUCUUGGAGUAUUAGCCUGCGAGCGGGCUUUGUGGAAAUAAAGACAGGGGGGCGACGAAAAGUUCACGAAUGGAACUUGAAUUGCCGCGGAUUAUUUAUAUUCUUUUAUUUUUUGUUGUAAUCUUUCUUCUUAAUAUGUUACGUUUAUAUAUUACGUCGAAUGUACAUCAAUCUUCUUUUAUAUCGCAUCAUGUAAAUCGCCGAGGAGGCGAUGUUUCGAAUUUCGAAGCAGUGAAAAUGGAGCCAAUCUCGUCCAUACUAUUUGUGAUGAUUUCCAUCAAGUAUAAAAAGGUACAGUAUAUAUGAAUUUGAAAAUGUUUAGAAGUAUUUCUCUGUUACAAAUUAUUUAGCAGAUUCCCAUUAUUUGUUACACUGUCUAGCUCUAUGAAAUAUAUAUUUCGAACUCUAUUUACUGUAAUAUAUUUUAUACAAUAUGUUAAUAUAGUUAGCUGAAUUUGUACAAUUGUAGUUUAUUAUGUAUUGUCAAUAUUGAGAAACACAUGGCCAGACUAUGGCCUAUAUAAUACUAUACUCGGACCCUCAGUAAAGUUCUACUCUCACAUGAUUAUUAUUUACAAUAUAUUGAUUUAUCGCUGCGAGAAACGUGUUUACACUUUAAUACAGUAUUAUUAAACUACAUUUUACAGCAGUAUUAACUUCAAAUACUUUGUAUUUACAUUUUACAGUAAUGACCUGAAAUUAUUUAAAUGAGCCAUUACUGUAAUAACAGAGUGACCAGGUUGACAAAGCUAAAAUCUGAUGAACCUAACCUGCUAGGAUAUUUCAAUAGUCAAACAUCAGUUUCAGCACUCCAGCUGGUCAGGGAUUUUUUAGGGAAAAGUUUUAGCACCCCAUUGUAAAACCUGCCUCUGAAUCUCAAAAUUUCAUUAUUUUGUUCCCUUGCCCCUACAAUCUAUAUUUAUACCUUUUGUGCCCUUGAGAUCUUUAAAAAAAUUGCCUAACUCUGCAGUAUGGCAUGUAACCAUGUUGCCAUAUUUAUUUUCUGACUUCAGGCUUCAAUAAAUUUCUACUCUAAUACCCUACAGAGAUGGGGCCAUAUGUAUGAACAAUAAGAAAUGAUUUCUUCAUCUAUUAUUGACCCCUUACCUUUCACCCAAUUUUAAAAUUUAAUUUACUGAAUGAUUUUGAAGUUUUCUAGAUUAUUGAAAAGAACUUUAUGGGUACAAGAAAUGGGGCGAAAACAGUUGAAUUAAGCAAGAUGCAAGUAACAAUGAACAAGACCGGGUCACUGGAUGGUAUUUCAGCACACUGGUGGACAUGCAACCUAAUACCUGCAACCUGUGUCACAUUUAUAUAUAUAGUUUUACACUGUACUGGAAAAAUAAUGUCAAGGAACUUGUAGAGAUUCAGAAUGCACACUCCAUCAGGGUGCGAUAAUUCAAUAUUUUUGGCCGUACCUGACUGGUACUCCAACAACUUUUGCCGCGUACCUGAUCUGGUACAAACUUAAGAGUCAAGACGUACCUAAGACUACUUCCGAGUCAUGCGUUUUUAUACCUACGUAUAGUUUUAAUACUGGUCCAAAAGCAAAAAAUGUAUGGGCAAUUUUGUACAAAUAAAUCUUUAAUUAUGGUAUUUGUACAACAUAAUAUAACAGUUCUCAAAGCGUCGACGUUGUGACUCGAAUCGAAUGGCAUCGCUCAUUUACAGUGGAUUUACCGAGGGUGCUAACUGUCUGACCUCAGCUACAUACAGUGGUGGCAGGUUGGCUAGUUAUUGCUAGAAGGGAAAUGUAAGUACGCGAAUAGUAAAUUUCCGCGUACCUACCUGGUACUUGCCUAAAAACAAAGAAGUACCAGACCAUAAAUUUGGCGUACCUCCGGUACGUUGGUACGCGAAUUAUCGCACCCUGCUCCAUGGUUUAUUCAAUCACCAGCAUGCAUGAAUCAUUUUAUGUUAUGGAUAUUUUUUUAAAAUUAUUCUCAUUUAGAUAAAAUUAUAUCAAUUUUUAAUCUCAUAAAUGAAUAUAUAGUAGCUUUUGAUUAAACAAGUUAUAAUAAUAUAUCAGCAAAUAAUGACUGGUCUCUCUGAAAUCCAUAUAGAAAGGUUCAAAUUUGACUUCCACUACCACUACUUGAUCUGGCAGUUGCAUCCGAUUGUUUGAUUGGAUAAAUGAAACUUAUCUGGUUAGAACUUUAAUGAUAGCAAUAGCAGCAGUGGAAGUAAAAUCUGAUCUCUCUAUUAUUUUUUGAAGAUUUGCUCUAGUCACAUCAAUUCAGGGUUGCCCAUGCAACUUGGUUAGCACAGCUAGCUCUUCAAGUUGGCGGUCCAAUUCUUAGGAUUCUGCAAAUUAAUUCUAGAAAACUGGCUUUGGUUUGGGCUAAGCAAAAAUCAUCACACUGUUUAUCAUGCUGAUUUAGUUGUUUAACAGUUAAAGUCCAGGCUGCAUGUUUUUUGUCCUGCAUGUGGCAGAUGGGACAGUCUGGUUUCCAAGUGUUUAUGUUGGGAAUUAAUAUUAAUCAGGACUGGCUUCUGAGUGAAGGUCUUGCCUGCUUUAUGUGAGAGCAGGCUCUAUGCGAGAUUCCAAUUGCUACACAGCAUGAUCUCAGGGCUCUUCCUCUGAAACAAUGCUUGGUUGCAAUAUCAUCCAGCAAGUGCAAAAAUGUACUACCACGGUCAAGGAUCAUUUGGCACGUUCAUCGACUAUGUUAACCCAUUGAGUGGCGCCAUGCACUCUCCACCUGAUGAGUAAAAUUGUCUGAUGUUAGACAGAGUAAACUAACAAAGUAGGGCGCAUCUGGGUGCUUUGGGCCAUUCCAUUUAAUAUACACACCACCUAUGGACGAUGUACACCCCCCCUAAGAAAAAAUAUCAAAGUGCCGACACCAACACCCCCCCAGAAAUUAAGAAAUUUUUGCCUUAUCCCUCAGAAAAAAAAUGCAAAGAUCAAAGGUUACGGAUGCACACAACCCCUAGAAAUGGCUUUUUCAACCCCCUCAGAAAUUCUAGUCCAUGGGGGGAGGGGGUGUAUAUUAAAUGGAUGGCCCAUUGCCACUUUAUAAAGGGUUAAAAACGUAAAUACCACAGCACAACACUUGUACAUAUACAUAUACAAGUAAUACAACAGCAAUCCUUUUAUAUAUUUAAUAGUCAUAUUUACAUAUUGGUGAAAUAUCAAUGUCCAUAUAUUAGGGAUGUCCAUGAACUUGUCCCUAGUUUGAAGCUAAUGUAUUUAUAUAUUUUGUAUAAGUUGUCCCUCUACAAACCAACUUUUAGUCAUUAUACAAGAGUUGAAUUUGCAUUCAUUUGCUUCGCAAGUCGCAACAAACUGAAGAAAGUACUAUUCCAUAAACCUGUGCAAUGAUUGAGCGUCUUUAGCGACAUAUCCAAGUCUUUUAAACGUCUCAUUGGAACAAAUCUCACUGAGUUUUUUCUACAGAAAGUAUUGAUGCAUUUGAUCGAUCGCCGUACUUUGAGAAAAGCUUGAAAUGCAAAAUUUACAGGAAAGAUUGAAGAAUUUCGGAGAUAAAAACUGUUUGUCUUCGAGUUUCACCUAUUCACCCCCCGGUUGAGAAAAGUAACAAUUACGUAAUGUUGGAGUCACGUGACCAGCGUUUACCAGGGCUACGUCGCCGCCUUCAAUUCGCGACUAGCCCUGGGUACGAGGUUGCUCCAUUUACUGUUCGGAGUACUCUGGAUUUUCGGAACACUAAUGGAAUGGAACAGAAGAGAGUCCAUGACUGUUCUGAACUGUUCUGACUACCCCGAUUUUCGAGUAGGGAAGCCAGAACAGACACGUGACACUGCCUAUUUUCACGUGAUUGGAAGUGGAGGCGACAUAUUUUGUGUAUCCAAUGCACACUGUAUAGAGCGUUAUUUUGAAGGGUUAACCGCUAUAUUUCUACAUAUACUUAUUAUAUGCUAUUUGAAAGCCAGGGUUGGGCAAAAUCAACGAGUAAAAACAUUGCAAAAGCAUACGUAGAUGUACAAAUACAGUAACAGCGAAUCAUUAUACGCUUUAUUAUGCGAAUAACUAAUUAAUAAUAAUAGUAAUGCAUGGUUGCACGCACAUAUAAUAAACUCAACACUGUUCCAGAACACCGUGUGCACUCCAUUUUAUAUCGUUCCACAACAGUGUUCUAGAACAGUAAAUAGAGCAGCCUGAAGGGUAUUAUUUUUUCGAAAUGGACUGACAAACAUUUCUUGACAUUUCAUUCAAUAUAGCAAUAACUCUCAUACGAGGUAAGAUUGAAGAAGUGACAUUACCUGUAGAGAAGGUGGAUAUCAUUAUCAGUGAAUGGAUGGGAUAUUGUUUGUUUUAUGAAUCCAUGUUGAACAGCGUGCUCUUUGCUCGAGAUAAAUGGCUGGUAAGUCAUUUAAGUGUGAAUCAGAGUACGAUAAUUUAUUAUUUUGAACGUUGUAUACAAAACGUUAAAAUCUUUGGUUUGCUGUUGUAAACAGACAACAAUGUCUAUAACUCCAGAAGGACCUCUAAUUAUUAAUUUCCUUUCUACAGUACACUGUCAUAAAUUUUAUUGUAUCAAUAGCCGUCGGCGUCGCGGUUGUAGCGAGCUUAAGCAUGUAGGACGGCAACGCGGCAGCCAAAACAAAUUCCUUCAAAUAAAUGAUAGUAACGAAAAUUUGUCGUAUAUUAUAAGUCGUAUGAAUUUGAUACAGUAUAAGAAGUUAAAAACGUUGGAUUUAUGUUUGGGAAGAGUUGUAUUAAACCGAAUUUUAAGUUGCAUUUGUUACGGCUUGAAAUGCAGGUGUUGUAUAAAAGACGUUGUAAACAAAGCGAAGACUGCCGUUGUAAACAGAUCGACGACUACAUCUGAAACUCCCCUGGGACUUUAAUUAUUUAUAUCUUUUGAUUGACUCGUUGUAUUGGUUGCCGUCGUCGUCGUGUUGCCGUCCUACAUACUUAAGCUCCCUUGUGACGCACGCUGAAAGUAGAGACACUGAUUGUUACUAGUGAUCCUGGCGGUUUACGAAACGGAAAAUUGCAUCAGUGUCCUGCAGCUAUGUUCAGAUUUUGACUUCCACUAUCUCUACCCUUACCAGUAACCAAUCAGAUGCAUUUAAUCUACCCAUUCCAUAAUAUUAUUAUU